UGUGUUUGUAAAAUAUCUCAACAUUCAGUAUCGGAAAUGCAUCUUCCAACUCACCCAGUCCUUUUUUGACUGCGUGAUGUUUCAGAUACCAGCGUCAAGGCUACAAUCUAGUACAGAUAUACUAAGUCUCGUGACACUGCUGGCCAGGAAGCUUUGUGGAAGGAUACAAGCAGUGAUCAUGCUCUGGAAGGUCCUUGUGGUGGCCAUUUUCAUGGCUUUCGUCUACAGCGCUCCCCUUCCCUUUCCCGAAUCCCCACUAUCCUACAGCGUGGAACCGGGGAUGCCAUUUGACUUCGCUUAUUCUGUGAAGGACGACUACACAGGCAAUGCCUUCGGACACACAGCACAUAGCGACGGAAUCAUCACUUCGGGCUCCUACAGGGUCCUGCUUCCUGACGGACGGACACAAGUCGUCACUUUUUCAGCUGAUCCUCACAAUGGCUAUCAAGCAGAGGUUACGUAUGAGGGUGAAGCCAUCUACUCUAUCCCUAAGCCUUCUAUUUAUUUAUAGAAAGCAAUAUAAAUCAUGCCAUAACUUGUUUGUUAUACAGCCGGAACUGAAUAUAUGCCUUCCAGUUCCAAGCAUAAUUUAUUACACUAUAGAAAAUAAUUAUAAUAAAGAUAAUUAUUUAACUCUACAACUAAACUUUAACAAAGCUGAUUGUUACUCUGACUCAAUUACCGCUUGUGUUUAAAGUGGCCACCACAAGGUAUUGUUCAAAAGAUGUAUUAUUUUUAUAAAUAAAUGUAUAUAACCCUA